AACGUUGCUUUGACGUUAUUUGGUGUUGUGCCUGGUAGGUAUUUCCUUCAAAUUUUGUAAAAAGGAUGGGUUCUAGUAGUAAAAAAUACAAAGAAAAAGAGAAAGAGUCUCGUAAGCGGCGCCACCAGAGCCCCAACUACCCUGACGAACAUGAGCCCCCGAAGGAGAAAAGACACCGUCACAAGAGACACCACAGGGACAAAAAGCGCGACAACAAGGCUAAACACGAUUACGAAAGCGACGGAUCCGACGUAAUCGAGGUCAUUCCUGACGACAACGAGGCUUCAGGUUCGGGCCAAAACUCCGAGAGUCUUUCGAUCGAAGAAACGAAUAAAUUGAGGGCUAAACUCGGCCUGAAGCCCCUCGAUGUCAGUUCGGGGGAACGGUCCGAGAAAAGGCGAGAUGACGGCAAGAAAAAGGACGAUUGGGGCGAGUUUUACCACAAGCCUGCUGAGAAUUGGGCGGAUAAGAGCGAGAGGGAGAAGUUGAAGAGUAAAUUGAGCACGAUUCGGGAGAAACGCCAACUGGAGAAUAAACUAGGAAAAGUGAAGCUUCUAGGGGAUAGCGACAGCGAUGAUAAUGCAGAGUCCUGGGUUGAGAAAAACCGGAAAAUCGAAUUGGCGAAGAAAGAGGCCGAGAAAAGGGCGAAAAUGCUGGAGGAGUUGGAUGAACAAUUCGGGGUUAGCGAGUUUGUGGAAAACGAGAAGAGGGAAAAGAGGAAACAGCGAUACACUGAGAAAAACUUGAAAGGGUUGAGGGUUGAACACGAUGUUGAUAGUUUUGCUGAAGAAAGGGAUGUUAUUUUGACGUUACAAGAUAAAGGAGUCUUGGAGGAAGACAAGGAAGAUGUUUUGGUCAAUGUCAACAUGGUUGAGGAUGAGAGAUACAAAAAAAAUGUUAUAAAUAAAAAGAAGAAGAUUUUAUACAACGCAUAUGAAGAUCAGGAAUAUGACGAGUUUGGUAACCCCAAAGAAAAGUCCCUUUUGGCCCAAUACGAUGAAACAAUCGACGGUGAAAAAAGAGAAAGUUUCAAAAUCGGUUACGACAAUGCGAUUGAACGCAAACAAGCAAUUGUGCAAUCAAUUAAAGAAAAACUUGCGAAGAAAAGAAUCGAAUCGAUUGAAACAAAAGAUUUGAAGCUUGCAUCAGAGUAUUACAAUGAUGAGGAACUUUCUAAAUUUAAAAAACCCAAGAAGAAAGUCCGGAAAAUUCGAACUAAAGGAAAAUUAACAGCUGAUGAGUUAGAACAGCAAAUUAAUAAUAAAGGGAUUGAGGAAGUCGGGUCAAGGAGGCCGAAAAAAGACCUCGAGGACUUGACAAUUGACGACAUCCCGGAAAUGGAAUACCCAAGUGAUGUGAAACUUGAGGAUGAGAAAGACGACUUGUUGGAAAAAGCACUUCACAAGACUCGGAAAAUCAAGCAGAAGGAAAACCUCGUGGCUGAAAUAAUCAAAUCAACGCCGGUUAAACCGGAAAAUGAGGAAAACCUCGACGGGAGUAUUGUUUUGAACGCCACGGCGGAGUUCUGCCGUACAUUGGGGGACAUUCCAACCUAUGGCAAGUCGGGAAAUCGCGAGGAAACCGAAGAAUUGAUCGAUUUCGAGCGCGACUUGAAAGAGGAGCCAGAAAUGGAUGAAAUCGAGCAGGAAGAGAAGACUGGUUGGAAUUCCGUCGACCCGAAUGAGCCCCAUGAAAGCCCCCAAAUCGCCCCACAGGAGGUGCAAAUCCUCGACGAGGAGCCCGAUGUCAGUACGGGGCUUGGGGCCGCUUUGAAACUCGCUAUGAGUAAGGGUUACCUCGACAAGGAGCAGAACAAGAGGCCCUCGAACUCGCGUUUAGCUCACUUGCAAGCCAAGCAUUACUCCAUCGAGGACAAGACGUAUGGGGAUGAGGGCGACCGGGCGAACCGCCGGGAGAGGUACACGGGCCCCAUUAUGGAGUUUAAGGAGAAAGACGGGUUCAAACCGAACGUCAAAUUGGAGUAUAUCGACGAUGAUGGACACGUUUUGAACUCGAAGGAGGCCUUCAGGUAUCUCUCGCAUAAGUUCCACGGGAAAGGCCCCGGGAAGAAUAAAAUCGAGAAGAGGAUAAAGAAGGGGGUUCAGGAACAGUUGAUGAAGAAGAUGAGUUCGACGGAUACGCCCUUGGGGACUUUGAAUAUGUUGCAGGCCAAGCAGAAGGAGACGCAGUCGCCGUAUGUGGUCUUGUCGGGGAACAAGCAAAUUCAACAGACAGCGGUUAUUUCCAAAAGUCGGCGUUAAUUCAGUGUUGUAAUCAAUUAGCAUUAAACGAGUUAUUAUUUGAAUUAA